AAAAAAGGAACAAGGAUGAAGAAAGUUUACUCAUGGUUCCGAACAACUUCUAACAAAAACAAAUCUUUAUCAUCAUCAUCAUCAACAAACAAUCAAAUCAACCAAAAUAAGUUGUACGGAAUCACUGAUGACCUAAUUAAUCACAUUCAAUCUUUUACUCUUGAAACUUUCAAAAACUUCAAUCUUCAAGAUGAAGAACAAGAAGAAGGGAUGAUAAAUAAUGGAGGUGGUGAAUCUAAUGUCCAAAAGGAUUUGUCUGAUUGGCAAGAAAAACAUGCUUUACUUGUUCUUUCUACUGUUAAGGAACUAUCACAACUUAGAUUUAGAUUAUGUCCACGCUAUCUGAAAGAAGGACAGUUUUGGAGAAUUUACUUUACACUUGUGAAGAAUUAUGUUGCAAAAUAUGAGCUACAUGCCAUACGGUUAGAGACACUUAAACAAAUUGAAAUAGAGAACAAGAAAGAUUCUAAUACUGGGGCGUAUGAAGUUGAAAUGUUAGAAGCAAGGAAGCCAGAAAGUUUGGAACCUGAAGAUUCUCUAGUGUAGCUGGCGAAUUUGACAGACAAAUUGGAUAGAGAGUUGAGAGUUGGAUUCUUCAUGAUGCCAAUAAAAUGACUGAAACUGUAUUGCAAGUGGCUAACAAAUGGACAACUGUGACACACAAGGAAUCUGUAAGUUAUUGAGCAUGAAAUACAAAUUGAUCUGAAGAGGCUAUGUUGAUUCCCAUAUAUAGGUUUUGACAAGUUUCACCUAAAGCCAAAGAUUGUAGUAAGAAAGUUGUGAAAUCAAAGGGGACAGUGUUACUUUUACCUGUGAAAAUUUCCCAAACAGUUCUUUUUUGGCAGAUUAUAUUCCUUUUUCACAUGUGUACCUUAUUAUUACAAUGUACAUAUAUUGUUAGAAAUGUAUGUAUGUAUGUAACUCUUGCAGCCUAGAGUUUAAAAUCA